AUGGCGUUCUGGCAGGUGCGGGCAUUGUUCCGUUCACUUAUCGCUCUACAUGCCGUGGUCGAAUGGCUGGGAGGCUUACAUGAUCAAUCACGUUUUCAGGAUGGAAUGCUGUUUCUCUGGUGGCGAUUCCCGCCAGAGCUCCCGGCGGUGACUGCCAGCCAUGCACCACACGCACCAGCGGUAGAUUCCGCCGAAUCGUCAGACAGUGGGGAUGAAGGUUCGGCGGGAAGAAGAAAUCCCCAAGCCGACUCCACGAAGAGCAGCGAACUGGUGUCAUCUUGUGGGAGACCAACUGGUUCAGCGGGCUCGGGAGCGUCGUGUUCCGGUCCUGAUCUAAGUAUAGGGGCCACGCUGGCGAUAUUACGUGACAAAAUGAAAAAGCUCAAAUAUAGGCUAAACAAUCUUCGUGCUCGGUGGUCGACUGAAGAAAAAUAUGUUAGACACAGGUUACGACACCAGAAGACGUCUACGUCGACGGAUGAUACGCAGGGGGACCCAUCGCCCGUAACUUCAGCUAUGCUAGAGAGGUACAGAGCAACCUACAGGUCAGUUGCGCAUGAUAGGACAGCUGAAUUAGAGCGGCUGGAGCAGGACCUCAGUUUGAUGAAACGUGAAGAAGCACUGCUUGUCGCAACUCAAGCACGCCUCGGCACCGACGGUGGGGGGGCACCUGCCCAGCAUACCACAACUCAUCAAUCAGCCACUUCAACCUCAUCUACAGACGAACCCGCUCAAGCACCCCAGGGACUGCCGCAGGGUCCCCGAGGAUUAACGGCCACCAAGUCACCCGACACGGCAUCAGAGGACGAUGCGGCGCCUAGCGGCUCGUCAGCGGGGAAGCAGACUCCGGAGGGUCGACUACGGGAGAAGUAUAGCGGUUCAGGCGCCGGAAUUUUGGACAGGCUCCUCCUAUUGGGCGCCAGGAAACGGAUUGUCGAACAAAACAUACAAGACCUCGAUGAUCGGUGGAGCUCUGUGGAUGCGUAUCUGCGAUUCCGAACCGGGACUCGUAGCUCUCCGUCUCAAAGUGCAGACACGCCGGCAGGGCCGCCAUCUCCUUCCAGGAUCCAGCAAUAUAAAUCGGCGUACAGGAAAGGGAAGGCUCGCAGACGGCGUCGCUUGGAAAUACUUCGAUGCACCCUGCAGUUACUUCGGCAGGAGGAGUGCGCCCUUGAAGCAGCACUGAAUGCGGACGGCAGCGGCGCACCACCCGAGCUAACGACAACUGAUCAAUCAGGCCCUUCGACCUCAGCUACAGGAACACAUCCGGCAGCCCAGGGAUUGACGCAGCAGCCCCGGAUAACGACGACUACUGAGCGCACAGUCUCGGGGCAGGAGGAAGCCAUCCCAGGCUGCUCAUGGUGGACAGGGAGUUCGGCUGGAGCAAGGGACGGGCUGACCCAAGCGGCUGUCGUGCACUGUCAACAGCCUGUGCAACCGUUGGUGCCAGACGUGGAUGAAGCUGACCGACUCAUGUGUAAUAUCAGCCGCCUCCGUCGCAAGCGAGAGAGUAUUCUUAAACUCUGGAGGAGCCCCAGAGUAUAUACGGCGAACACAAUGUGGAACCGCAACCACCGGCGCCACAAGAAAAACCAGCAUUAUGCGAAACAAUAUCGGGAACGAGCGGCGAAGCGCCUACAAAAAGCCGAGGAUAUCGAAACGGAAAUAAAACGACUUGAAAAACGCCAUUACCAGAUUCGCCUGGCUAGCCACAGAGGACACCCCAGCAGUCACCAUCCUGCGGCGGCCGACCCCCAGCGUCAGGGCGUCGUCAGUAUAGCAACAACGGGGGAAGAGCGCAUGGGCGAUGAUUCACACGUGAUCCCCCCUACUGAACAGGAGCAAAGACCUUCGCCGAGAUUCCAGACGGAACACGCCUCCCAGAUGACACCGGCAGAAAGCGGAAACCAGGUAGCGACAGUAGCAUCCACUGUGUUACCCUCCAAACGCUAUCAGGGCUUGAGAUGGACAGGACGGUGUCAGUCGGCGGCAGGCGCUGUCGACAGGACUGGUGCGCGAGCCGGUUGA